UUGCUGGUAAAUUUCAUUACAGAGGGCUUUGGAGAUGACCAGUCUUCUGAGAGACCAACAAAGAAAAGGUUAUUAGGAAGUGGAAAGGGACCUGUAAAAAAAUUCUCUAAGUAUGGAGAAAACCCAGCUAAGAAAUUUUCAAAAGGAUAUUCAAAGGGAUUUCCCCAAAAAGAUUCUGAUAAGAAUCAACCUCAAGAAAAAACAGAUUGGAAGAAAUUUAAGGCUGAAAAGAAAGAACAGAAAAUGAAAUGGCAACUGCACAAAGCAAAUAAUGAUUCUUAUCAAUUGGGUGUGAAAGCCAAACAGAUAUGGGAGGAACUUCGAAAUGGGAAUUGCAAAGGAUCACAAAGAGAAGAGUUAUGUGACAAUUUGAUGACUUUAAUCAAGGGGAGAGUUAAAUCUCUUGUAUUUGCCCAUGAUACAGUUAGAGUUGUAGAAACACUAAUGGGUGUAGGUCAGGCGAAACAUCGAUCAUUUCUUUUUGAAGAGCUGAAAGAUUCCAUAGUUGAACUGAGUAAAAGUAAGUAUUCAAAAUUCUUUGUCCUCAAAAUGCUUAUGUAUGGGACAAAAGAAGAGAAAAACCACAUUAUUCUUGCUUUGAAAGGUCAAGUGGUCAAAUUAAUGAAACACAAGACAGCAAGUGAUGUAGUUGAACUUGCAUAUAACGACUAUGCUAAUGCAAAGCAACGUUCCAUGCUGGUCCAGGAGUUUUAUGGACCUGAAUUUCGACUUUUCCAUGAUGAAGGCAUUACUUGCCUAGAUGAUGUUCUGAAGAAACAUCCUGAGAAGAAAGAGAACAUUAUGAAAGAUAUGCAUAAGUAUAUACAACCUAUCAUAGAAAAGGGAGUCUUUACAAAUACUAUGGUUCAUACUCUACUACGUGAUUUUCUUACUCAUUGUUCCAAAGAAAUCAGAGCAGGCAUAAUAGAAUCACUGAGAGAGGUAUUAACACCAAUUAUACACACUAGAGAUGGUGCACGUGUUGCCAUGCUAUGCUUGUGGCAUGGCACUAAUAAAGACAGAAAGGUAAUUCUUAAAUCUUUUCGUACACACUAUGUAAAAAUAGCCUUGGAAAAACAAGGUUAUAUGGUCUUAUUGGCUGCCUUUGAUUGUGUAGAUGAUACAGAGUUUAUGAGGAAAGCAGUUUUAAAUGAACUAAUGGAGGAACUUCCACAACUUAUUUCAUCAGAUUCUGGAAUGAAAGUUUUGAGAUAUCUUGUUGCUCCCCGUGAUCCUAUAUUUUUUCCUCCUUGUAUAGUAAAAGUGCUGGAAGAAGGUGAUGGCAAUGAAACCAGCAAGAAAGACAAAACCCUUCGUCAAGCAGAAUUGCAGAAUGCUGUUCGUCCAGCGAUUUUGAGAUUAUUGUUGGCGCAAUUAGAUAGUUGGGCUCUUAAUCCCAAUUGGACCUUGUUCAUAGGAGCUGCUCUAAACACAUUGGCAGGUGGUGAGGCUAAAAGUAUCUUUGAACAACUAGCCAAAAUGUUUGCAAGGGAAUAUAUACCUGGAAGUGAAGGUCAAGUUCUUGACAUUGCUUAUACAGUGAAGAUGGCCACUUACAUCAUAAAAUGUGAUAAAAAGAGAUCAGAAGAAAAUAAAACUACCUUCAGUUCCAUUCUGUUAAAUACAGCAGAAGCAGAAAUACCCAGCUGGAUCGGUUGUAAUCGCGGCUGUUUUUUACUUGUAAAUUUAAUUGAAACUGAAAUUGAAGAUGUAGUUUUAAAAGUCAAGCGGAUUAUGAAGCCUCACAAAGAAAAACUUUCUAAAUCAGAGUUCAAAGGAGCAGAAAUAUUGCUAACAAAAAUUUAAUUUUUUAUAUCAAAGAUCUAUUAGUUGAUGCCACUAUUGUCUACUGGUUUACAGGGAUGUAUUCAGUAUGUACACAAGUUGUUUUGUUUUUCCUUUAUUGCACACAUUUGAUUUUGUAUGACCAUCAGUUCAUAUAUGC